AUGAACUGCGCACAAAUGGUGGUAUCCGCCGAGCAUUUCAUCCAGAUUUCGAGGCUCAAGUCGGCCAGGUCACCAGACUUUCAGCCCAACCUCGUGAGACGCGCUUCAGGAACCAGCCAUCAACCAGACUCCAGUCUGAGGUCACCUCUCCUCGUCUUUCCCAGACUUGCAGGCUGGGGCCCCUGGCUCAUCGGGGCCGAAAGAGCGAGCACGGGGCAGGAAACGAUCCCGAAAGGCGACGGUCCAUUGAAGCGGCCAGUCCACAGCGGAUGGAGGAGAGGGUGCACCCGGCUAACCAUGUCGCUGCUGGCGAUGAAGCUGGGGGAUGGUGGCCCAGGGGAGGGGCAAGGCACCGGCUGA